GCCCGGGCUGCAGCCGGGAGAGGGGAAUCUCCAGCAGGGCCCUUCCCGCUGCUCCCCAGGAGCCUCUCCCAGGGCAGAGCCCCCAGCCCGGCCAGGCCCCUUCCCGGCCCGGCCCCUGACCCGGGGGGCCCCGCUCGGAGGGAAGGCUGAGGUGUCUACAUUUCGCUCCAGAUCCUCCCAUCUUCCAGGGGACAGGGAAGGAAAAUGGCUGUGAUGGAGCCAGCUCAGAUGCCGGUGACCUUCGAGGAGGUGGCUGUGUAUUUCACUAAGGGGCAGGGGCCUCUGCUGGACCCCUCUCAGAGAGCCCUCUACAGGGACGUCAUGCAGGAGAACUACAAGAUGGUGACCUCACUGGGAUUUCCCAUUCCCAAACCUGACUUGAUCGCCUGGCUGGAACGAGGGGAAGAGCCGUGGGUCCCAGAUAUUCAGACCUCUGAGGAAUCGGAGAUCCCAAGAGGCAGCCACACAGGGAAUGACUCCUGUCUGGAUGCUCUCUCUCCCCUAGCAGUUGAUGAGAUGAUGAUGAGUGAGAACAAGGAGAAGAAUCCACAAGAGGAAGAUCCCGAGCAAGUGGAAUUGCAGGGGAACUUUUUGAGAAGAGCUGAAGGGAAUUUUUCCCAAUCCUUGGAACAGGGAAAAGCUUGGAGGAGUCAGCAGAGAUCAGAGAGGCAGCUGGGAAACCACCCAAUAAAGAAAGCUGAUGAAUCUGUUGAAUGUGGGGCAGGAUGCAAGGACCCCAGGGAAACCACAGCCCUGCAGACAAAUCACAAGGAAGAGAAACCCUAUAAGUGUCUCAACUGUGGGAAAAGUUUCAAUCAGAAAUCGAACCUUAUCACUCACCAGAGAAUCCACACAGGAGAGAGACCUUAUAAAUGCCUGGACUGUGGGAAAAGCUUCAGUCAGAGCUCACACCUUAUUACGCAUCAGAGAGUGCACACAGGAGAGAGACCCUAUAAGUGUCUCAACUGUGGGAACAGUUUCGCUCAGAGAUCCAUCCUUAUCAGACAUCAGAGAAUCCACACUGGAGAUAAACCUCACAAAUGCCUCGACUGUGGGAAAAGUUUUGCUCACAGAUCAACCCUUAGUUCACAUGAGAAAAUCCACACAGGAGAGAAACCCCACAAGUGCUUGGACUGUGGGAAAAGCUUCAUUCAGCGAUCAGCCCUUACUACACACCAGAAAAUCCACACAGGAGAGAAACUCUAUAAAUGCUUGGAUUGUGGGGAAAGUUUCACUCAGCGAUCAAACCUGAUUUCACAUGAGAUGAUCCACAAAGGAGAGAAACCCCAUAAAUGCUUGGAUUGUGGGAAAAGCUUCCGUGACAGUUCAGACCUUCUUAAACAUCAGAGAAUCCACACGGGAGAGAGAAUCUACAAAUGCUUCGACUGUGGGAAAAGUUUCACUCAGAGAUCAACCCUUACAAGACAUCAGAAAAUCCAUACUGGAGAGAAACCCCACAAAUGCCUCUACUGUGGGAAAAGCUUCAUUCGGAGAUCAGCCCUUACUACACACCAGAAAAUCCACACAGGAGAGAAACUCUAUAAAUGCUUGGACUGUGGGGAGAGUUUCACUCAGCGAUCAAACCUGAUUUUACAUCAGAUUCUCCACAAAAGAGAGAAACCCCAUAAAUGGUUGGAUUGUGGGAAAAGUUUCAUUCGGAGUUCAAACCUGAUUUCACGUGAUAUGAGCCACAAAAGAGAGAAACCCCAUAAAUGCUUGGAUUGUGGGAAAAGCUUCCGUGACAGCUCAGACCUUCUUAAACACCAGAGAAUCCACACAGGAGAGAGAAUCUACAAAUGCCUGGACUGUGGGAAAAGUUUCACUCAGAGAUCAACUCUUACUAGACAUCAGAAAAUCCAUACUGGAGAUAAAUCCCACAAAUGCCUCGACUGUGGGAAAAGCUUCAUUCGGAGAUCAACCCAUAUUAGACAUCAGAAAAUCCAUACUGGAGAUAAACCUCACAAAUGCCUCAACUACAGGGAAAAGUUUCAUGUGGAGAUCAAACCUGAUUUCACCGCGGCCGCUGCGGUGACUCUGGUCCCAGACUCCAGCGAGAUCCCCGAGCCCCGGCGGCUGGUGCUGGGAGCCCGGAGCCCGGGCUGCAGCCGGGAGAGGGGAAUCUCCAGCAGGGCCCUUCCCGCUGCUCCCCAGGAGCCUCUCCCAGGGCAGAGCCCCCAGCCCGGCCAGGCCCCUUCCCGGCCCGGCCCCUGCCCCAGGGGGCCCCGCUCGGAGGGAAGCUGUGAGCCCAGCCCCUGCUUAAUUUCACAGCAGGGAGCCUACCACUGUGGGAUCCCCGCUUCUUGCAAGAUCCAGAGCGUCAGCAGCUGCUGCUGGCAACCCCAGAGUCCUGUCUGCAGAUGGGAGAGGAAUAUUCCCGCUGCUCCCCAAGAGACUUAUCAGUCCGGACACCCCAGCCUGCCCAGGACAUCACUUAAGGGGAAACCUGCCCCCUGCUCCCAGGGCGGGCACUGCUUGGAGGGAAGGCUGAGGAAUCACAUCCACAUUUUGCUCCAGAUCCUCCUGUCUUCCAGAGGACAGGGAAGGGAAAUGGCUGUGAUGGAGCCAGCUCAGAUGCCGGUGACCUUCGAGGAUGUGGCUGUGUAUUUCACUCAGGGGCAGGGGGCUCUGCUGGACCCCACUCAGAGAGCCCUCUACAGGGACGUCAUGCAGGAGAACUAUGAGACAGUGACCUCGCUGGGAUUUCCCGUUCCCAAACCGGAGCUGAUCACCCGGCUGGAACGCGGGGAAGAGCCGUGGAUCCCUGAUCUCCACACCUCCAAGGAAUGGGACAUCCACAAAGGAACCCGCACAGCACAGGGAAUGACUCCUGUCUGGAUUCUCUCUCUCCCAGCAGUUCAUGAGGCGAUGAUGAGUGAGAACAAGGAGAAGAAUUCACAGCAGGAAGAUCCCGAGCAAGUGGAACUGCAGGGGAACUUUUGGAGAAGAACCGAAGGGAAUUUUUCCCAGUCCUUGGAACAGGGCAAAACUUGGAGAAGUCGGCAGAGGCCAGAGAGGCAGUUGGGAAACCACCCAAUAAAGAAAGAGGAGGAAUCCAUUGAACGUAGGGUAGGAUGCAAGAAUCCCAAGGAAACCACAGCCCCACAGACAAAUCCCAAGAAAGAAAAACCCUAUAAAUGUCUGAGCUGUGAGAAAAGCUUUAAUCAGAAAUCGAACCUUAUCACUCAUCAGAGAAUCCACACAGGCGAAAAACCCCAUAAGUGCUUAGACUGUGGGAAAAGCUUCAGCCAGAAAUCGUCCCUUAUUAUACAUGGGAGAAAGCACACAGGAGAGAGGCCUUAUAAAUGCUUUGAGUGUGGGAAAUGUUUCAAUCAGGUCUCAAACCUGACUACGCAUCAGAGAAUUCAUACUGGAGAGAAACCUCAUAAAUGCAUGAAAUGUGGCAAAAGGUUUAGUCAGCGAUCAGCCCUGAUUACACAUCAGAGAAUCCAUACGGGAGAGAAACCCCAUAAGUGCUUGGAUUGUGGGAAAAGUUUUAGUCAGAGAUCAGCCCUGAUUACACAUCAGAGAAUCCAUAUGGCAGAUAAAAUGUACAAAUGUCUCAAAUGCGGGAAAAGUUUCAGUGUGAAAUCAGCCCUUAUUAUGCAUCACACAAUCCAUGCAGGAAAAAAACUUCAUAAAUGUUUGGACUGUGGGAAGAGUUUCAGUGACAGCUCAAACCUCACUAAACAUCGGAGAAUCCACACAGGAGAGAGACUGUAUCAGUGCCUCGACUGUGGGAAAAGCUUCAAUCGGAAAUCGAACCUUCUUACCCAUCGGAGAACCCACACAGGAGAGAAACCCCAUAAAUGCUGGGACUGUGGGAAAAGCUUCAGUCAGAGAUCAUCCCUUAUGAAACAUGUGAAAAUCCACACGGGAGAGCGGCCAUAUAAAUGUCUUGAGUGUGGGAAAUGUUUCAAUCAGAACAUAAACCUUAUUACGCAUCAGAGAACCCACACGGGAGAGAGACCCUACAAGUGCCUGUACUGUGAGAAAAGUUUUACUGUGAGGUCAGCCCUGAUUACACAUCAGAGAAUCCAUACAGGAGAGAAACCCCAUAAGUGCUUGGACUGCGGGAAAAGUUUUAGUCAGAGACCAGCCCUUAUUACUCAUCAGAGAAUGCAUACGGGAGAGAAACCCUUUAAAUGUCUCAAUUGCGGGAAAAGUUUCACUGUGAGAUCAACCCUUAUUACGCAUCAGGCAAUCCACACAGGAAAGAAAUCCCAUAAAUGUUUGGACUGUGGGAAGAGCUUCAGUCAGAGUUCAUCCCUUAUUAAACAUGGGAGAAUGCACACAGGAGAGAAACCCUACAUAUGUCUUGAGUGUGGGAAAAGCUUUAGUCAGAGAUCAUCUCUUAUUAUACAUGGCAGAAUGCACACAGGAGAGAAACCCUAUAAAUGUCUUGAGUGUGGGAAAUGUUUCAUUCAGAGGUCAAAUCUUGUUACACAUCAGAGAUCCCACUCGGGAGAGAGACCCCAUGAGUGCCUUGACUGUGGGAAAAGUUUCAAAGUGAGAUCAGCCCUUGUUACACAUCAGAGAAUCCAUACGGGAGAGAAACCCCAUAAAUGCUUGGACUGCGGGAAAUCUUUUAGUCGCAGAUCAGCCCUUAUUACACAUCAGAUAAUCCACACUGGAGAGAAGCCCCAUAAAUGCCUGGAAUGUGAGAAAAGUUUCAAUAACAGCUCGAACCUUACUAAACACCGGAGAAUUCACACAAGAGGGAGCGACUCUAGAAAUACCUCGACUGCAGGAAAAGAUUCAGUCCGAGCUCACACAUUAUUACCCAUCAGCGAUCCACAGAAGAGAGAGAACUUGAAUGUGGGGGAAUCUUCAGUUGGUGCUCCCACAGAAUCAAGCAUUGUCAACUCCACUCAACUUCAAGCGGAGCUAAUGCCAUGUUGGACAUCAGAGACGCCUCCACACAGCAGGGAAAUUCUCUCAGUGCCCUGACUGGGGCCGGCCAUGGUGACAAACCCAUUUCCUCGUUCCCACACACAGCAGGGGCAUUUGGCUGCCAAGGUUCCAGCUGCCCAUCGCUGGGGUGAGGAUCCAGCAUCAGCCGAGCACCAGCUGGUCAGUGACCUUCUGGCUCUGCCUGGUCUCAGCAAACCCCAGGCAGAGGAGGAGAAGCCCCCAUCAGCCCCUCCUCCCGGCUGCAGCCCUGGCUGCUGAGCUGAUGGGCCACAGGUGAGGAAAGGGCUAUCGAGUGUUUGGGGAUCCUGGGAUAAGAGGCGAGGGAGAGCACAGGAGUAGAGAGGUGCUGCCUCAUCACUCACCCCCUCUGCCCCUUCUCCCUGCCCCCUCUGUAUUCAGCCAGCACCACUGAGAGGGGCUGAUUCCCACAGACUGCAGCGGGUUCUCAACCUAUUUACCAUUGUGGGCUGCAUAUGCGGCCCAUAAUGCAUUAUAUGGGCCGCAUCCAAUACUACCUGUAUGGCCCUGAGGAUGUCAUAUGGGCUGGAGCUGUGUGCUGAUUGGGCCGCAUACAGCCCACGGGCCGCAGGUUGAGAACCACUGCCACAGGGCCUUUCGUGGGAGGCCUGGAGAUCCCACCUCUGCCUCCGCAGCAUCAGCCGCCGAGGGUCUGUCUGUGGUAGGAAACACGGUCGGGAUCAGCCAGCUCAUCUCCUCUGACCCUCCCCCACUCAUCCUACCCUAGACUGAGCCUGAGCAUCUAAUUCAUUCUGAUCCUCACCAUUAGCAGAGUGACUGUUAGUCACUGAGUUCCCCCUCUGGGGACGCUGGGACAGUUUGCAUAGUGGGGGCGCUGAGAGCCACUGAACCAAACUGUAAAUCCUGGAUAAGAUGGAAAUCACUUCAAGCCAGGGGAUGCUGCAGCACCCCUUGGUCUGGCACCUGUGUCUGGGGGUAGAUUCUCUCAUUCCCAAAUAGUCUCACAUUACUCCAGGCCGUGCUGAAAAGCAUUUAGGGUUUGUACAUUUUCUCCCUUAUGGGCCAGAAUUAAACAGAAUCCCACAAAAGUGGGAGCAGGGACAGUGAAA